UAGACCUAUUGCUAAUCGUGCUUCGUGUCGUGCGCUUGUAAAACACGUUGCCACAGCUGGUACCGUGACGCACGUUCCGUUUUAGGUCGUACAUUGCCGAAAAUUGCUUUACUUUCGUGACAACGAUCCUCUACGAAAUACAUAGAGAAUGGCACUGUCUCUAUGCAGAAAGCAAAUGUUUGGGGCGACCAGCCGGCUCAACAGCAGAAUAUUGAAGUUUGAAAUUUCAAAGGUGCUGGCCUGCCGGUAUUCGACGGAAAAGAAACGUUCCAAAGUUUACAGCAGUGCCGACGAAGCGAUUGCGGACAUUCCCGAUGGAGCGAAACUGCUCGUCGGUGGAUUCGGAUUGUGCGGCAUUCCGGAGAACCUGAUUGCGGCGCUGGUAAAACAACGCAAAAAAGAUCUAACGGUGGUGUCCAACAAUGCCGGCGUUGACAACUUCGGGCUUGGACUGCUGCUGAAGGAGAAGCUUAUAAAGCGCAUGAUUGCAUCGUACGUUGGUGAGAAUGCGGAAUUCGAGCGACAGUAUCUUUCCGGUGAGCUUGAGUUGGAACUGACGCCCCAGGGCACGCUGGCCGAACGGAUCCGUGCCGGAGGUGCUGGCGUACCGGCUUUCUUCACCCCAACCGCUUUCGGUACGCUCGUGCACGAGGGUGGCGCUCCGAUCAAGUACGGCCAGGGUGGAACGAUCGAGAUCGCAAGCGAACCCCGUCCAGCGCAAAUGUUCAAUGGCAAACCGUACAUCAUGGAGGAAGCCAUUACCGGUGACUUCGCUCUCGUGAAAGCACACGUCGCGGACGAGUCGGGAAAUUUGAUCUUCAACAAGUCGGCACGCAACUUCAACCCGCCGAUGUGUAAGGCGGCGAAGGUAACGAUCGUCGAGGUGGAGGAAAUCGUGCCGGUUGGUUCGCUCGAUCCAGACCAGAUACACAUGCCGAGCGUGUUCGUGCAUCGCAUCAUCAAGGGACCGUCGUACGAGAAGCGCAUCGAACGGUUGCGCGUGCGAGACACGAAAAAGGUUGGCUCGGUUGUGUCCUCCACACCGGCGGCGAAGAUGCGCGAGCGAAUUGUGAAACGAGUCGCACUCGAGUACCGGGACGGUAUGCACAUCAAUCUCGGUAUCGGCAUACCGGUGCUGUCCUCUAACUAUAUUCCGCCCGGUAUGAAUGUGUUGCUGCAGUCGGAGAACGGCAUUCUGGGACUGGGACCGUUCCCCGAGAAGGAUCAAGUCGAUCCGGAUCUGAUUAAUGCGGGCAAGGAAACGGUGACGGUACUGCCGGGUGCGUCCUACUUCUCCUCCGAUGACAGCUUUGCGAUGAUUCGCGGUGGACACAUCGACAUUACCGUGCUGGGAGCGAUGGAGGUGUCACAGUACGGUGAUCUUGCCAACUGGAUGAUUCCCGGCAAACUGGUAAAAGGUAUGGGAGGUGCCAUGGACCUGGUAGCAGCUCCGGGCACGAAGGUGGUAGUGACGAUGGAACACAACGCCAAGGACGGUUCGCACAAAAUUCUCGCCAACUGCAAUCUACCGGUCACGGGACGAAACUGCGUCGAUAUGAUCAUCACCGAGAAGGCCGUCUUCAACGUGGACAAGGAGCGAGGCUUAACGUUGAUGGAACUGGCCGAGGAUUGCACGGUGGAGGAGAUCAUUACCAGCACGGGUUGUGACUUUUCCGUUUCGCCCGAUCUGAAGAAAAUGGCUCAGGUGGAUGAUGCGUGAUGACGCUAAUCGAACACCACGGAUUGGGGUUUUAUGUAUGUAAAAAAAGAACUAACAAUCCUCCCUUAAGUGGCGUUUAUCGCUGACAAGUGAUAACAGGCCCGAUGGGUGAACUAUAGGUACUAAGGAAAAAGAAAAAAUUGGAUAUAAAAUCGUAACACUUGAUUUUUGUUCAGAUAACGCAUUUAGCACGGAGGAAAGUGUGCAAGAGCAAUGAAAAUAACGUGCACAAGUUAGUCCUUCGUGUCAAGAAGAGAGUUCGACGAUGCCGACACAUGUUUUUUUCCUACACAAAACUCAUCUUACCGUCAGAGCAGCUUUGAAUGCAUAUUUUGCAUUCAAGUGUAUGCUUUUGAAAGCUCCCGCAUGAGUAUAAAGUCGUAUCGAAAUCUAAUUUCCCAACAAAAAAAAAACCACUAACGAAACCGAGAGGCAAUGACGAAAAGAAAAUAAAACCAGCAUCGACAAACGAA